AUGGCGUAUCGCCGUGGCAAGCAAAACAAGACGCCUGGUCCGGCACUUGAAGGCCAGCGCGUUCAGCCUGACAACGUUGAUUCGCGCCCUGCCAACAAUGCCAACCCUCGGCCUAUCGAGGGUGGUCGAUUGCGCGCUCCCGCAAUUCGAGGAGGCUUCGUUUGCUUACCGCGUGAAGACAUAAAUGCCCGGAAUGAUACUGUCAUGAAGAGUCUGCUCAAUCCACAGUCAUCCAUCUGGGAACCGGUGGAUAUUACUGUUCCGAAAGCGAGUGUCGCUGUUGCCAGCCAACACGCCGACGUUUCUAAACCAUCUGUUGGAAAUCACCCUUUCGGGGAGAAUUACGACGGAAGCGCACUGCUCAACGGCUGUGGUGCGACCCCAGACAAUGCAAAUGUCCAGCACAACGUGAAUGACAUGGUAGGCUUCGCAGCACAAGAUGUCAACGGUGCUGCAUCGGCACAAAUUCCGAUAUCUGCCGCUGUGAAUGGUUCAUUUGGGAGUGAGGCUCAGAGCAGCAGCGUCGGUAGUACCGUGUUGAAUAGUUUCAGCACGAUAUAUGCAUCUGAAUGCUGCCAAGAACGGGAAACCGCCAACACCAACCAUGAUGCUCACGACAAUAAUGCCUUGCUGAGCGCCGCCGCCGUGACGAUGGAAAGCACCAUUAUUCAAGGCAACUCUAUGCCGUACAGCACGAGCAACCCGAGCAUCAGCGGCUGUCACAACAGCAGCUCGGCCGAACAGCAGAACGUUGGCCUUUCCAACACUUGUGCAAACAGCGCUGUUGCCUAUAAUGGCACCCCUGCCACGAAAGCUCGGGCUUACACGAUCGCGGCGGUGGAUAUUGGAGAGAACACCGGCUCUAUUUUCGAGAAGAUGACCUUCGAGCUUCUGAACAAGACUCUCCGAGGCACCGAUGACCAGAAAUCUGGAGCCACUUAG